AUGGCCAGCGAGACCGAUCAGCGAGCUCAACAACAGACGGCUUCGAAGGAGUCCCCACCUUCACAGCACGCAGUCCUGGAUCCGGCUGCUCGGUUAUCGGACGACACUUCGAGCAAGCAGGUCAAGCUGGCCGAAAGCUCCAACCAGGAAGACACGACCCGGCGCACGUCCGCCGUGGAGCGGGCCCUUCGCUGGCGGACUGGCCUCUGUCUGUUCCUGGCUCUCGUGGUCUCUUUUUCCGCGCUGCUGUUCGUCUACCUGCUGUUAUUCAAGGAUUCGCGCCGGCGCGUCGACUACUGCCUCACCGACGACUGCGUGGCGCACGCCGCCGAGCUGCUUAGUACGCUCAACCGGUCGGUCGACCCGUGUCAAGACUUUUACGAGUUUGCUUGCGGGAAGGCGCCAACCAGCAAGGGUGCCAGCGACCCGAUCAUCGACCGGAUGUAUCUCAGGACUCUCGCCGGUGGCGUCAGUGCGCUCGAAGGAACAGAAGCCGUGGGUUCGAAGCUCACAGCCCAGCUACUCUACCAGAGCUGCGUCAACCCGGACCGCAGUGACACUGAACGCAACCUCGUCGAGUUCCGCCAGUUCCGUGCAGCCCGUGGCAUGCGCUGGCCCGAGGAAGAGCAGCUUGCCGACGGCGUGGACCCGCUAGAACUUAUGCUCGACCUGGCCGUCAACUGGAACCUCAACUUCCUCUUCGACGUGCGCGUCAUCGGUCUACCGACGGCCGCGACCAUGGACGUCGCGCUGAUGCUCUCACGUGGCAGGCUGAGUUACGUCUGGCGGGACGAUGUCCACAGGUUCACGUCAGCGGCCGAAGAGUACGAAAACUACGUGAGCGAAUACUGCCAGGUCCUGUCGGUGCCACCGCAGUCGUUGAACGUUACGGCGGCGGUGCUACGGCACCUGGAGGACACCAUCCUGGAGGCCAAGCGUAACGUGAUUGCCGAUGGUUCUGAGCAGUCUUGGUUCCAGUUUAGCUCCCUGGGCAACGAGACACCCUCAGUCGAACCGAGUGCGUGGCUGACGCUGGUCAACAAGCACUUCGCAGGUCAGUUCGUUUGGACCAACGAACACUGGGUUAUCGUCGACGGACCAGCGGUGCUCAGCCACGUCGAGCAACUGCUGAAGAUCUACGGCAAGCGCCUGCUAGUCGUGGGCCUCGCCUGGGUCUUCAUACAGUCGCACCUGUGGGUUGUCUCGAACAAGCCCGAGCUAGCCUUCCGGGAGAAAGGCGUCGGACACCGCAGAUACGCCUGCUUCGAGUACGCGGAGUCGCGGUUUGGUCUGCUGAGCGUGGUCGAGCUCCUGGCUGAUUCGUUCGGCACGGAGGACUUGAGACGCCGCCUUACCCAAUUCGAGAACACGUUGAAACUCGCCGCUUUUAGGAAGCUGCGUGAUGCCGCAUGGAUCCAAGACCAGGCUAAGGAGAAGGCGCUACGCAAGGUGGACAGGCUGUCGCUCGUGCUGCUGCCACCGACCCAGUUCUUCGACAGCAGUUGGCGACAGAAACUGGAAGACGGCUACGCUGCGGCGGAAACGAGUUUCGUCAGCAACCUCCUAAACGCCUCGCGCUCCUACCGCACCCUUCGCUCAGAGAAGUUCGCAUUCGACGAGGUCUACAGCAGGCGCAUGUUUCCCAGCGAGCGCCCGGCCACGUAUGUGUACCUCGCCAACCACGCGGACGUAUCGCUGGGUUCGGUCACGGCACCGCUCUACUACCCCAGAGGAACGUUCUCCAUCAACUAUGGUGCCCUGGCCUCGGUCUUGGCGGCUCAGUACGCCAGCAGCUUUGAUACGCGUGGCAGCGGGCUUGACGAAUCCGGAACGCCAACGCGGUGGUGGAAGCAGGCCGAGUACGACGACAGGGCGGAGUGCGAAAUCGGAACCUACGAGGACAACCACUCGGCGCUCCACGCGUUGCACGCGUUUCCGGCCUUGGUGGCGCUCGAGAUAGCAUUCGCGGCCUACAAACUGGCCGCCGAUGAAGCUUCAUCGCGGGUGCGCGAUUUCAGGCUGCCAUACCUGGAAUCCUACACAGGCGACCAGAUUUUCUUCAUCACAUACAGCCACGCGUUGUGCGGUUCCAACUCGGGGAGAGAGCGCUCUAACGCUCCUCUACGACACUUCCAACCUUUUCUCAGUGCCUUCACGUGCCCACCGGGGUGUCCGAUGAGCGUAUCUGAGAAGUGUGAAUUCUUCCAAGCCUCCUAUAGACGUUGA